AUGACGUCCCUACGUCCAUUCCACGCAAUGGAUGUUUUCAAAUUCAACCCCACCAACCUCGAUCCUCUGACCGAGACCUACGACCUCAACUUCUACUUUUCAUAUACGGCGCGGUGGCCACAUCUGUUCGAUGUAGCCGAAGGGCAAGAUGGGACAAUCGACGCCUACAUAAUGGGCAAGCUCGAGUCCUCCCCCUCCUUCUAUAAAUUCUCCCCUCACUAUCUUCCAUUCCACGCCCACAUAACGGCGUUGACCGUCGCCCCUCACGCCCGGCGUCUCGGUCUGGCGCGCACACUCUCCCAAUCCCUCGAGCGUAGCGGUGACGAGUACGAUGCGUGGUUCGUGGACCUGUUUGUGCGAAAGAGCAACCAGAUAGCCCAGAAGUUGUACCAGGGGAUGGGAUAUAACGUUUACAGGAGGGUGCUGGAUUAUUAUAGUGAUGAUCCAACGGAUAAGACGAAGGAUGGCGAAGAUGCGUAUGAUAUGCGCAAACCCUUGAGGAGGGAUAAGGAUAGGAAGCAUGUUAGGGAGAAUGGGGAAAGUUUUGCAGUUGAGCCACAGGAUGUCUGGUGA